AUGAAGCCGACGUUUUUUCAAUGCUCUUACGAGCAGUUAAUGGCUCGCUACUUCCCCAAGCCAGCGCAUCCACCUGAAUUCAACUUGGAUGAUAGUUUAACUAGGAUGCGUGACAGGGUGCAGAGGAACGACGGCGGAGACGAAGAGGGCGAAGAGAAGAAUGAGAAUGUUAAUGAUGAGGAAGAGGAGGAAGAGGAAGAGGAUAUACGCGAUCUCUUGCAGACGACCGUGAACUCUUCUUGGCUGGAGGGAACAGGUUUUGCGAUAGUCCUUAGUAAGGCCUACAAACCUGACUCAAGUUUGCACCCAAAGACACGUAUCAAUGGCGGACUAUACAAGAUCAACGAAGCCCCGUCGAAAGACGAACGACCGGACUACGAAACUUUGGAAGUCGGUAUCGGGGUCGUGCCUCCUGACAGAAAGGACUUCUUCGAUGACUUUGUAGGCCAACCCUUCGCUUCCGCACCUCCUGCGAGUCAGGAAGCGCUUGAACAAGCCAAGUCGUAUUCCCUCAUCCCUUUCGUCUUUCAACACCGCACCCAUCACUACACGGUUUUCAUCUUUGGGUCUUUGGCUCGUAUUGUUCGAUGGGACCGAGCUGGCUUCGUCUUCACCGAAGCGUUCAAUUACCUCAACUAUCCCGAGCUUUUGGGCGAUUUUCUCUGGCGCUAUAUUCACUUGUCGCCUACUGACAGGGGCUUCGAUGCAACAGUCGAGAGGGUACUCAGCGAAACACCUGACUGGCACCUGAUCCAGCGGCGCGCCGAUACUCCAAGAAAGCUCAAAGGCCACGACGUGGACGAGCACGUCAGGAUGUUGUUUCAGGAAACAAUCAGGACUGGCCGGAGGUACAAGCUCAGCGUCCAAGGGCGGUAUUUCCUCAUCGGCCAACCACACAUCCGCUCCCCUGUCGCCUCUAGUCGCGGAACGCGUGGCUAUAUCGCGAUUGACACCAUGAACCCAGAUGGGCCUUUCGUCUUCCUCAAAGACACCUGGCGUGUCUUGCGAGGUGAUCUAAGGAAGGAGGGUGAUGUUCUUUUGGACCUCAACACCCCCGAAGAGGAACCCCAGAGGGGUCGGAAGUACAUCCCGACGUUGGUUUCUCACGGGGAUGUUGAAGGAGGGUGGCAGAAAACCGAUUCACAGGACUUCUGGGCCGAACUCAAUCAUCCGGAUUCCAGCAAAACGUGUCCCCUUAAAACCCACCAACACUACCGCCUUGUCGUAAAGGAGGUCGGUCUGCCUAUUACUGAGUUCAAGAACGGGCGUGAAAUGCUUACUAUCAUCUUGCAUGGUGUUGCCGCCCAUGGCUAUGCCCACAAGAAAGGGUACAUGCACCGGGACAUUAGCGUCGGAAAUAUCCUCAUCUUCGUCCGUGCAGACGUUGAAGAGGGGAGAUUGAAGGAGGAGCGCCACGGACUCCUGACAGACUGGGAAUUGGCGGAGAAACUUACAGACCAGGGUCCACGGCAUCUGGAACGGACAGGUACCUGGCAGUUCCUCGCCAUCGACAUCCUCGACAACCCCUCCAAGCCAGUCGAGGUCUGGCAUGAAAUGGAAUCGUGGUUUCAUCUCACCCUCUGGCUUGCGGUCCAGUACUUGCCACACAACGUCCAGAAUGUUGCCGUGUUUAUGUCGGAUUUUUUUGAUGACGCCGCAAAACCAUAUGAUGGUUCUACCCAUCAGAAAUGCGGCACAUUGAAGAGAACUAGCAUGGAAACAGGUCGUAUAUGCUUUGCUGAUGGAACACACUUCAAGUUUGGCGCCCAGGAUGAUCCUUUUGUCCCUCAUGCCAUCAACAAAGUCCUGGCCCAGCUUGCACGGGCCUUCUCAUACCGUUAUCAAGAAUUGCUACGCGCUAAUGCUCCGCCUUGGCUCGAAGUCGAUGUAGCCGACCCGACCCCGGCGCAGAUCAAGGCGCUUGAAAACAUUGGCGAUCAAGUCCGCUUCGAAGAAUUGCUCGUAGAAUGCUUAAACGGACCUGGUUGGCCCGAAGACGACAAGACAGAACCUCAGGUCUCCUUGUGUUAG